CUAAAUAAGGUCUGUCAAAAAAAAAAAGUCGCUAUGGGGGUCUGAAAAGUCGCUAAGUUGGCAACACUGCUUUUGCCGAGCAUCUGCACAGUGUCAACGAACACCGGAAACAGCUGACGGACUGAUCCACUGUCACAUAGGGCUUGGACGAGUCUAACAGAAGCGUGUCAAGUUCACACCGACCUGUCAUCAGAUGGUUCAGUCCGAGGAUGGCUGCUGCUGUCGGGGUAAAUAAACAGUCGAGCGCUUCGGCGAUGGACGCGUGUGUGAGACACGGCCGCGGUACAACGACCACUGCGGUGAAGGAUAAUGCAGUCCCAACGAAAAAGGCUCAUGAUCGUGUGUUGGAACCGCAGGCGGUGUUGGAGUGCGGUGUCUGCGAGGAUGUGUUUUCACUGCAAGGCGACAAGGUGCCGCGUCUGCUGCUGUGUGGACACACGGUGUGUCACGACUGCUUGACCCGUCUGCCUCUUCACGGCAGGGCAGUGCGCUGCCCCUUUGACCGACAGGCCACAGAGCUGGGAGACUCUGGUGUGUGGGGCCUGAAGAAGAACUUUGCUUUGCUAGAAUUGCUUGAACGGCUGCAGAAUGGGGCCAGCAAUCAGUCCGCCAUGUCUGAGGAUGUGCUUCGAGAGAUGGGCGAGUGUAUUAUCCGCUGUGACGAGGAUGAGACUCACACUGCUUCCAUGUACUGCACUGUUUGUGCCACACAUCUGUGUGCCGAGUGCUCCCAGCUCACCCACUCCACCCGAACACUGGCCAAACACCGGCGUGUGCCGCUGGCAGACAAGCCCCAUGAGAAGAUGCUCUGUCCACAGCACCAGGUGCACGCCAUUGAGUUUGUCUGCCUGGAAGACGGCUGCCAGCCUGGGCCGCUCAUGUGCUGCGUGUGCAAGGAGUACGGGAAGCACCAAGGACAUAAGCAUGCUGUGCUGGAGGCUGAAGCCAACCAGAUCCGAGCAUCCAUCCUGGACAUGGCACACUGCAUCCGUUCAUUCACAGAGGAAGUGUCAGAAUACUCCAGGAAACUGGUGGGCAUCGUGCAGCAGAUUGAAGGAGGAGAGCAGAUCGUGGAGGACAGCAUGGGCAUGGCUCACACUGAACAUGUUCCAGGAACAGCAGAAAGCGCCCGGUCUUGUGUGCGUGCCUAUUUUGCGGAUCUCCACGAGACGCUGUGUCGUCAGGAGGAGAUGGCUCUGAGCGUGGUGGAUGCACACGUCCGAGAGAGACUGAUCUGGCUUCGACAGCAGCAGGAGGAUAUGACCAUACUGCUGUCCCAGGUGUCCACUGCCUGUCUGCACUGCGAGAAAACCCUGCAGCAGGAUGACUGCAGGGUCAUUUUGGCGAAACAGGAGAUCAACCGACUACUAGAGACACUUCAGAAACAGCAGCAGCAGUUUACAGAGCUGGCCGACCACAUUCAGCUGGAUGCAGGCAUCCCCGUUACUUUCACCAAGGACAACCGUGUGCACAUUGGUCCAAAAAUGGAGAUCCGAGUUGUGACUUUGGGAUUAGAUGGAGCUGGCAAAACUACUAUUCUCUUCAAACUGAAGCAAGAUGAGUUUAUGCAGCCCAUACCGACUAUAGGAUUUAAUGUUGAAACUGUUGAAUACAAAAACCUGAAAUUCACCAUUUGGGAUGUGGGUGGCAAGCAUAAACUCCGUCCUCUGUGGAAACACUACUAUCUGAACACACAAGCGGUGGUGUUUGUGAUUGACAGCUGUCACAGAGACCGGCUGAUGGAGGCUCACAGUGAACUGGCCAAACUGCUGACGGAGAAAGAGCUCAGAGAUGCUCUGCUACUCAUCUUCGCCAACAAACAGGACGUUCCCGGCGCGGUGUCUGUGGAGGAGAUGACGGCGCUCCUGAGCUUACACAAACUGUGCUGCGGCCGCAGCUGGCACAUCCAGGGCUGUGACGCCCGCAGCGGCAUGGGUCUACACGAGGGGUUAGACUGGCUCUCACGCCAGCUGGUGGCCGCAGGAGUUCUGGAUGUGGCCUGAAGCACGCUCAACCACACUUAAUUGACUUAAAACUCAAGCUGGUCCAUGCCAUUUGCAGUCACCCUGCUCAUGUUUACCAACACUACCACGUAAUACCAUCAUACAUUAGUAGACUCGCUGCUGUGUGUGUUCGUGGCUCAAUGGUGUACAUAAGUGGAGCUUAUAUUGGAGUGAUUUAAGCGAGGACUCCAGGUUAAAUACAAGGCAACAUGCAGUGGCAGAUGUUGUUGCUUUGGUUGUCCCAUAGACCUUCACUAUACAUGUUUUACAGUAAAAAAGUAUUUUUGUUGGUUUUUACAAAGUCCCAAUACAUUCACAGAUGAUGUUCAACCUGGACUGUUGCUUUAAAAACAAGUUGACGAACAUUACUCAACUUACUGUCCCUUCUGUCAAAACAAGUCAAAUUUGCUGAAAAUGUACUCACCCUCUGGCCAUGCAAGAUUAUAUCACUUGCUCAGCAGUGGAUCCUCUGUAGUGAAUGGGUGCCGUAAAAAUGAGUCUAAACAGCUGAUUAAAACAUCACAAAAAUCCACAAGUAAUCCACACAGUCUAUCAAUUAAUGACUGGUGAAACUAAAAGCUGUGUGUUUCUAACAACAUUAAGACAUGUUUAACCAUUGCUUCUAGCCCCCCCCCCCCCCCCCCAAAAUGCUUCCUCUUUUGCUGUUGUCUUCUCACAUUAAAAUCCACCCACAUAUUCAUUUAGAACCGUGUCGGACUGUUUUAGCUUGUAAACCGUGCUUGAUCUGGGGUAUUUCUUUCUCUUUUUUCACUAUAGAAAGCAGUAUUAUGGAUGCAGCUAAAAUGUCUUGAACUCUUAUCUUACAAACACACAACUUCACAAGAUGUUAACUGAUGGACUGGAGUGGUGUGGAUUAUUGUGAUGUCUUAUCAGCUGUUUAGACUCAUUCUGACGGCACCCAUUCACUGCAGAGCAUCCACUGCUGAGCAAGUGAUGCAAUGCUGCAUUUCAUCAAAUCUGAGGAAGAAACAACAUUUCCUUUAACAUCAAGUGUAUGAUACUCUUUUAAUGGUCAGUUCACUCAUUUUGGUCAUUUAUGUAAUAUUAACUAAUGCCUGGAGAUAUUUAGCACAUAUGUAUAGUAGAUGUGCAAAAUAGACUGGUCAUUUCUGUACAGACGCCCUCAUGAAAUCCCUAUAGUGUUCUGUGAAAACAACACAAGGUUUAAAUAGGUCUAUUAAAUGUUUUAAUCGUAGGCAAAGCCCCUUAGGUCUGGAUCAAACUAAAUAUUAAUCACCAGAUUCAUGGGUUCUGCAAUGAGAAGUGCCUGUUCAUGUGACAGAUUAGCUACUAAAAUAGUAAGAAAGGACUUGUGAUCAAAUCCAUUGCCAUUGUUCAAAAGUUACAUGCAAGCAAUGGGGUGAAUUUCACAAAACAUGUAAAUAACAUGAAUUACGGUACAGUUUACAAUUAUUACAGUAACAUCUGUUUUAGGAGCUUUGAGAGUUUUUUGGUUGUAACAUUUUACCCUCAUAAUCUUGAAAAUGCCAAUGCUAAAAAAUUUGGAAUGUUAGAGAAACGAGCAGUAUAGUUUUUUUUUUUUUUUCUCUUCGGUUAUGCAAAAUUGAAAUUAUUCUGGGGGUGAAAUGUGACCAAAAAUGUAUUUUUGUGAGAUUCACCCAGAGGCAUACCAUUAAUCUUUUGUUGUUGUUGUUGUUGUUAUGGGUAUCGUUAAUUUUUGGCUUUAAAUGAGCCUGUAACUAUUUAUUGAAAUGUACUUUGUGGUCUUAAGACUGGUGCAUAGUUGUACAGUAGGUGUAUUUUCACCAUGUAUGGAGAGACGGAUGUGUCUGUUGCAACAAAAAAAUGUUACUGAUUAUUUAUAUUUUAAAGAAGCAUUGUACUUGUCAAAGAAAAACAAAUGUAUAAACUCGCUCAUUGGUCCACUUCUUAUCAAUAUGUCAAUUCUUAUAAUCUUAACAAAAGCAAACACUGUUACAUGAUAUUAAUAUUGUUUCUUCAGUGUACUUCAGCUAGAACACAGAUGUGGCUGUAUGUAAACGCUCCAUUAUUUGACAGAUUAUCUGCAUUAGUUGGUUUUAGGAACCAUCCUUUGGUCUGAAACAUUGAUCCUCAUUGCUAUGUAAUGUUGUCUAACUGUACUUAGAUAAACGCAUUUGUGAAGCCUUUCCCUGUUCCCUUCGCUGGAGGAUCUGAAGUUUUUGUCAUUAAUGUGAGUUUUAGAAGCCUCUCAAGAAGCAAAGUGCACAUGUUUGUUGUUGAUUUGAUGAUGGCUUUUUGUAUAUCCAUUCAUAAUAUAAUGCUAUUAAAAACAAAGCUGAAAAACA